CUUCCUGAUGGUCGGAGGUCUUCUGAUAUCAGGAGAGAGGACCGACACCAUCGACUCGGCCUUCUUCUACGGCAGAGCUCAGAUCAUCAGCACGGCGGUGGUGCUCGCCGUCAGCCUGGUGCUCGGUGCCGUAUCUCUGAUGGGCCUCAGCCAGGGCGACAGGGAGCAGAGCGGCUACCAGGCCCUGAACAGAGCUGCUGUAACGGGCAUCGGUGAUGAGCUGAGGACCCCUGCUGGCCUGGAGGAUCCACAACAACAACAACAACAACAACAACAACAACAACAGAUGGCAAACUCACCUGCCUGCAGCAUCAACUCAGACCUCCACGGUUUCUCUCCUCUGCAGCCGAUGCCUGACAUGAUCGCCAGCACGCAGAGGGAGCACACGAACAGCACAGGCCACAGCGGGGCGCUGUGUGACGGCCAGCAGCAGAGCUCGUCCUCCGAGCAGCCGCUGAACCUGCCGCCGCCCGGCCUGCAACCCACCGACGACAAACAGACGCUCAGACACGUCCUGCUCUGUCUGCUGCUCUUCGUCAGCCUGCUCGCGGUGAGCGUGAAACACUCGCUGAGUUUGUUUGUUUGUUUGUGUGAAAUUAUCAGGAAGUUUAAAUCAGAGCCAGAUUCCGGUUUUAUUGCCACGUACAUUUACAUACACAAGGAAUUUGACUUGGUGUUUCGGUGCAAAACAAUUAACAUAAAGGGAGAAUAAAAAUAUUAAAUUUCAAUAGUGUAAGACAUAAGAUAAAAAUAUAGAAGCAAUUUAACAAUAUAAGAUGGAAAAUAGAGAAUAAAGAACACAAAGUGUACGUGCACAAGAUGCAUAAAAUAAAAGCAGUCUGUCAAAAUCCCACUGAGACACAUCGAUACUCGACACGUUCACGCUGAUUAAAGGACGGCAAUAAGACUUCUUAACAAGGUUAAUGUCAGAGAACAGACUCACAGACUGUUUAUCAGCUCACCUGUGUUGAAAUUUAAAAAAACAUUAUAAGUCAUGUUUAAAGCCAGGAACAGAUUAUUACCUGCAAAUCUACAGAGGCUGUUCAUAUUAAGAUCCAACGACCGGGAUCAUAGUGUCAUUUUAAAAGUCAGCACGCUCGCACUGCAGUAAAGCAGACGUGUUUCAGUACAUGGAGACAAACUGGAAUUAUCUGGAUAAUCACUUCAAAUUUCAGCGCCAAUUUUAUUCAGUUUAAAAGGAGAUAUAAAGAAAAAAUGAUGGGACAUUAUGAACUUUUCUGAGUAACAGUAAUGUUGAGAGGACCGUCA